AUGCUCGCGGCCGCGGCGCUGUGCGCGGCCGCGCUGGGCUGCGCGGCGGGGGCGCGGCUGCUCAGCGGACAGACAGUUUGCCGCCGUGGGACGCAGAAACCCUGCUACAAAAUCGUGUAUUUCCACGAUGCCUCCCGCAGAACCAGCUACGAGGAGGCUCAGCUGGCCUGCCGGGCUGACGGGGGACACCUGGUGAGCAUCGAGAGUGCAGCAGAGCAGAGACUCAUCGAAACCUUCGUCAGGAGCCUCCUGGCUUCCGAUGGGGAUUUCUGGAUAGGGCUCCGCAGGAAAAAGGAGGAGGAGGAGGAGAACAACAGUACAGAGUGCCACAGCUUCUACUCCUGGUCGGAUGGCAGCUCAGCCAAGUUCAGGAACUGGUACGUGGAUGAGCCAUCCUGUGGGAGUGAGAUCUGCGUUGUGAUGUACCACCAGCCAUCUGCCCCGCCAGGUGUCGGGGGGCCUUACAUGUUUCAGUGGAACGACGACAGAUGCAACAUGAAAAAUAACUUCAUCUGCAAAUAUUCCCUCGAGAAGCCAACGAAUGCUCCAAUAGGGAAUCCUCAGAGAGGUGUUGCCACAGAGCCCUCGAGCCCAGUGCUGCCAGGAGAACCCCGGAGGAGGGGUGUUAAUGUGACAGCUGUGGGAGCCAGAGAACCUGUUCAGAGUCUUGCCUACAUCCUCAUUCCCAGCAUUCCUGUGCUGCUGCUACUGGUGGUCAUUACAGGCAUCUCCUGUUUUUGGCUUUUUGUGAAGAGGAGGGAGGAGCGGCUGGACACGAGCCCCAAGGAGGAGGAUGCCUGGCUGUCCACCAGCCCCAGCCUGGACAUCUACAAAGUCAUCAACAAGCAGUCAGAGGCAGAUCUGGCUGGGACCAGGCCUGGCACCAAGAAUUCCUCCUUCCGGGCCCGGGAGCACUCGGAGCUGGGCAAGGCUGGGCAGGAGGCAGCCCCCAAACCCCCCAGCAGCAGCUUGGGGCCCCAGAGUGGCUUUGUCACCAACGACAUCUACGAGCUCUGUGGGGACCGGGUGGGCAGGAGCCAGGAGUCCACCUGGGUGGACAAUGAGAUUUAUGGAUAUUGAGCAAACAGACAAAAAAACACCCCCCCUGGAACUCAGAUGACAAAGUGGAUGCUGAUACGAGUUUACCUGCCCUGUCUAUGCACUUGUUUUAAUAACAGUAUACGUGGUGUUUAUCCUGGUUUUGCAUUGUCCCCAUAUUCUUCUCUUUUUUUUUUUUUUUUUUUGAAAGAAUGUGGGUUUUUAACGAUCCAGACUGAAAAGAAUGUAUAUAUUUUCCCCUUUGCCCUGGGAACGGCUUGUUAAUGAUCUUGAUUCACUUUUUUGUACCAAAGACAUGCCUUGAAAAACUAGAGGACAAUCCAAAAUCCUUAUUUAUUUAACUGACCCAGUUGUCUUAAAGGUGCUAAAAGUUGCCUGUCAGGUGUGAUGGAGCCCUGCUUUCCUGGACAUAGGGAGUGGGGAAUGAAUGCCUUGGUGUGCUUUGCUUGUGUGUGCAACUUUUACUUUCCCUAUUAAACUGCCUUUGUCUCAAACCA